AUGACAGCGGUUAAAUUUUCUCAAAUGCAAGUCAAACUCCAAAGUCAGGCACAAGAGAUCGAGAAACGAUGUAACCCGAGGAAAAGACUUGUGUCAAUGGAUAAACCUGGCCAAUGUAGAAUAACGAACUGUCAGACAUGCAUAGAAGCUUCUGGUGGGACGUCGUCAUGCUCACGUUGCAACAAUGGAUACUUCCCUUUGUCAACGGCUUGUCAACCCUGUAGCCAGGGAUGUAAAGCGGUCUCGUCAGGAUCAGCAUGUGAUGCAUCCACUGGUAUUUGUGUCAGUGGUUGUAAUACUGGUUGGAUAGGAGAAAAAUGUGAUCGUUGUGACAGUAAUUUUUUCAGUGCAGGAGGAUAUUGUUACAAAUGUAGCGACGAGUGUGUAAACUCUUGUGACGGAACAACCGGCAGCUGCUUUGGAGGAUGUCGCGAGGGCUUCUGGGGAAUAAGCUGUGAAAAUAGAUGCAGUCCUUUCUGUUUAGGAAUGACCUGUUACUAUACAAACGCUACAUGUACUGCGGGUUGUGUUAACGGGUUUUAUGAUAAUCGAUGUGAGACUCCUUGUGGAGCCUGUCAUUGUGAAAGACGGACAGGAUCUUGUAUUGGUUCGUGCGAUGCUGGAUGGUAUGGAGAAAAAUGUGACAAAAGAUGUCAUUCUGCCUGCUAUAUUGAAACUUGUAAUCGAAAUGAUGGGCACUGCACACACGAUUGUCCCACUGGAUUAUAUGGACCAUUCUGCAACACGAACUGCAGUACCGGAUGUGAUGGAAAAUGUAAUAGAGAUACUGGAGUAUGCUCAACUGGAUGCAAGCCUGGAUUAUUCGGAGACAUUUGCACUAGUCUGUGUAAUGCGAACUGUAAAACUGGAUACUGCUCUAGAUCCGAUGGAUUGUGUGUAGGUGAUUGUAUAGAUGGAUAUUUUGGUGAUUACUGUUCGAAGAUUUGCGCCAGUUCCUGCAGUGGUAACUGUGAUAAAAGCUCAGGAUUUUGUUCUGAUAAGUGCCAAGACGGACGAUUCGGCAAUUUCUGCGAAAAGAUUUGUACCACUGGUUGUUCUUCUAACACCUGCGAUCGAACUUCAGGAGUAUGCCCCUCCGACUGCACGUCUGGGUUGUACGGAUUAUUUUGUAACCAAUCUUGUGCGACUUGUGAUUCAACUGGCUGUGAUAAGUCGAGUGGAGUCUGUAAUAGUCAAUGCGAUCCUGGGUAUUUCGGUAGCAUGUGCACUAAUCGCUGCUCUUUUGGUUGUCUUAAUGAACUGUGUCAGAGACGCAAUGGAGAUUGUAUAGGAGAUUGUAAGGUUGGCCGUUUCGGUGCAAAUUGUUCCCAGUUUUGUGGUUCUAACUGUAAUAACAAUAUUUGUUUAAAAAGUUCCGGAGAUUGCUUCAGUUGUUCAAAUGGUCGAUAUUAUGGUCAAAAAUGUCAAAACGCAUGUCCAAACUGCGAUUCACAGGGUUGCUCUUUUGAAACUGGUGUGUGCAUUGGGUCUUGUUUGCCUGGAUUUCACGGAGCAAAUUGUGGUCUUCGGUGUAGCGCAAAUUGUGCAAAUCAGAUGUGUGACCGAACCUCUGGGAAAUGUUUGAAAUGUAAAGAGGGAUUUUAUGGGUUUAAUUGUUUAAUGCCCUGUAACGCAAAUUGUCCAUCAUAUUUGUGUGAGCAAGACACCGGAUAUUGUUCUAAAAAUUGUUCAAACAACUCUUGGGGCCAAACAUGUGCAGAGAGAUGUAGUUCGACGUGUUUUCAACACACAUGUGAGAGAGAUACAGGAUAUUGUCAUGCUUGCGAUGAGGGAUUUUACGGAUUGACUUGCAAUCUGAAUUGUAGUAAUCAAUGUUCCUCAAGAACUUGUGAUCGGUCUAUUGGCUCCUGCAUGGGCUCCUGUAAUGUUGGAUAUUAUGGAUAUAAAUGCGAGUUUAAAUGUGUCGAGUACUGUAAUGGUUCUUGCAACCAAGUAACUGGAACUUGUGACAAUCUUUGUCCGCAUGGACGGUAUGGUGAUUACUGCUCUUUAAACUGCAAGGAAACAUGCUUUGGAAGCGAUAACAAAUGCAUUCGAUCUUCAGGUCAUUGUGAAAUGGGUUGUGAUGUAGGUUAUUUUGGCAACUUUUGUAACUUAACAUGUCCAAAUUGCGACAGUUUCGGUUGCCGUAUAUCUGAUGGCUCUUGCAUCGCUUCCUGUAAGGUAGGAUACCAUGGACCGUCUUGUAGCCGUUCGUGUAGCCAGACUUGCAGUAAUCUGACAUGUGCCAAAAAUAAUGGUUAUUGCACUGAAAGCUGUUCAGUGGGGUAUUUUGGUAACACAUGUGAAAAUGUAUGCAACUCAAACUGCGAUUCUUCUGGUUGUCAUAGAUCUACGGGUGUUUGUUUAGGAUCUUGUAAACCAGGUUAUUAUAAUCCAACAUGCUCAGGAGUAUGCAGCUCGCAGUGCAAAGGCGGAACCUGUGAACGUUUUAAUGGUACCUGCUCAGAAUGUAACAUCGGCUAUUAUGGGGACUUCUGCAAUUCGACUUGCAGCAAAUGUGACAGCCAAGCAUGCAGUCACGCAGAGGGUAAAUGUUUUGGAGAGUGUCAGGUAGGGUACUUUGGUGAAAAGUGCGACAAACUUUGUAGCCAAACCUGCGGUACGGCAUCUUGUAAUAAACUUGAUGGCCAUUGUUCUGCUUGCAGAGAUGGCUAUUUCGGUCUAAUUUGCGCAUCACCAUGUAACUCAUUUUGCAUCAGUAACAAAUGUAACCAAACCUCUGGAUAUUGUACUUAUGAUUGUACAAAAGGGUAUAAAGGCAAUUAUUGUAAUGAACAAUGCGAUGCAGCAUGUGCGGAUGAUACCUGUGAUAGAUAUAGCGGUGCGUGUGUUGAUAGUUGCAACACUGGUAAACAUGGUGAAUUUUGUCAGCUAAAUUGCAAUUCAAACUGUGGUUCUGGAACUUGUCUGAAAGAAAAUGGAGAUUGUAUUGGUGGUUGUCGUACAGGGUAUUACGGAAAAAAAUGCGACAUUACAUGUAGCCUUCAAUGCUCAUCAUCAUGCGAUCAGAUUUCGGGAUUUUGUAAUGGCCAAUGUAAAACUGGUCAUUACGGAAACUUCUGUGAAAUUCAGUGUAGCGCUUUUUGUAAAAGUGACAGCUGCGAUAAAAUCACAGGGGCCUGUACAAUGGGAUGUGACAAAGGGUAUUAUGAUACAUACUGUAACCAAACGUGUAGUACCUGUGACGAUGUCGGUUGUAACGACCGAACAGGUGCUUGCUUAGCCAACUGUGAUGUAGGUUUUUAUGGCUCCCAUUGUACAUCACAAUGCCAAAGCACCUGUCGAGGCGCUUGUCAAAAAACAACAGGACUUUGUUUAAAUUGUCCUACUGGUUACUACGGAGAUUACUGCUUACAAAACUGUGCCAAUUGUGACAGCAACGGAUGUGCCAUAUCGGAUGGAACGUGCAUCGGAUUAUGUAGAAAUAAUUUGUUCCAUGAUCAGUAUUGUAGAUCUUCUUGCAACGGAAAUUGUCUAAAGGGUACCUGUAAUAAGAACACCGGAAAUUGUGAUGCCUGUAUCCAGGGUUACUAUGGUCCAAAAUGUACUUUAUCAUGCAGUGGUAAUUGCCAGCAGAAUAUGUGCAGAAGAAAUGACGGAUAUUGCACGAACCCUUGCUCAGAACGGUACUAUGGACCAAUUUGCACUUCAAUUUGCAGUGUAAACUGCCGUAGUGGUUGUGAUCGAGAAACUGGUGUGUGCAAUGCUUGCAUUGAUGGUCGAUUCGGUGAGUACUGUGACAGAGCCUGUAGUACAACUUGUGGAACAGGAGGCUGUAAUAAACAAGAUGGAAAAUGCAUUGGAUCCUGUGUACAAGGGUAUUUUGGAGACUAUUGUUCUUUCCAGUGUAGUGCAUCCUGUGCUGGAAGUUGUAAUAAAACAACUGCUUAUUGCAUCGGCGAUUGUCAGAAUGGCCACUACGGAAACUUCUGUGAGCUAGACUGUAGCACUGGUUGCAUAGGCGGAGUAUGUACCAGAAGUAAUGGUGUUUGUGGCAGGGGUUGUAAAACAGGGUACUGGGGCGCGUUCUGCAAUAACACUUGUCCAACAUGCAAUGCAAACGGAUGCUAUCAAAACAAUGGAACCUGCAUGUCCCUAUGUCUUCCUGGCUUUUACGGAGCAUUUUGCUCUCUUGCCUGUAACUCAAAUUGUAAGGAUAAUCGAUGUGCCCAGUCGACAGGCAUUUGCUAUGAAUGCAAAGACGGGUAUUUUGGAGAAAAAUGUGAUUCUCCUUGCAGCAGCGGAUGUACUUAUAAUGCAUGUUUUAAAUAUACAGGUAUGUGCAAGAAAAAUUGUAAAAAAGGAUUUUACGGAAGUAACUGCAGCAGGGCAUGCGUUGGGUGUAAUGAGUGUUUCCGUGAUACAGGUUACUGUGCAAAUUGCACGUCAAAUAAAUAUGGAACCAACUGCCAGUUUAUCUGUAGUUCCAAUUGUAGGUUAUCUUCAGGUGGGCAACUAAUGUGCGAUAAGGACUCUGGUGCAUGUCGGUAUCAAUGUAGAGAUGGUUGGUGGGGUGCGAAAUGUGAUCAGGCCUGCGGUAAUGGGUUAGGAUGUCAAAGUUCUACAUGUGAUGUCAAUACUGGCUUUUGCUUAACACUGUGCUCUGAUGGCUUCUUCGGAGAUAGAUGUGAAAAGCAAUGCGUUGCCACUUGUGCUGGCAACAGGUGUGAUAAGGCUUCAGGUACCUGUUCAAAUGGAUGUAACCAUGGAUAUUUUGGAUUAAAUUGCUCUCAGCAGUGUGGCCAAAACUGUUUGUCUUGCGAUUUUCAGACAGGCAGUUGCAGUGUUUGCGUUAAAGGAAGUUACGGAACUACUUGCCAGUUCAAUUGUAAUAGUAACUGUAAUGUUAGCAUUGGGGUUGAACAGGCAUGUUCUAAGGACUCAGGUUAUUGUCUCCAUGAUUGUAAUCCAGGAUAUUUUGGAAACGACUGCUCACAAUCGUGUCCAGGUCAUUGUUUUAGUGGAAGCUGUAACAGAGCAAACGGACAAUGUGAUGAUGAAUGUAAGAAUGGUAACUACGGUCUUUUCUGCAACCAUAGCUGCCUUAAUUGCUUAGAUGUAAGCGGGGAACCAAUGUGUCAUCGAACAACAGGUACAUGUUCAAAGGGAUGCAAACUUGGAUUUUUCAAUAGACAGUGUUCACAAAUUUGCUCUUUAGAUUGUCAAUCCCGCGCAUGUUUCGGAACAAAGAGAAAUUGUACUUUUGGGUGUCUUCAAGGACAUUUUGGUUCCGACUGCACAUCAAAAUGUAACCCGAACUGCAUCAACGAUAUUUGUGAAAGAGCGUCAGGGGAAUGCAUUAUUGGAUGUCGACCAGGUUCAUAUGGAUCUCUAUGUGACUUGGACUGUACUUACAGAGGAUGUCCGAGUUCAAACUGUGACCGAAAAACAGGUGUUUGUCAGUCGAUCUGUCUAGCGGGGUAUUUCGGUACUUAUUGUAACAUAACCUGUCCCAAUUGUGACAGUGCUGGAUGUGACAAGUCAACAGGAUUGUGCAUCGGUUCAUGUAAAGCUGGAUUUUAUGGGAUAAAUUGUCAACUUUCUUGUAGCAUCAACUGCAAUCGCACUAGUUGUGUAAAGGCUUCUGGAAAAUGCGCUGGUAAUUGUAUACCUGGAUGGUAUGGAGAGAAAUGCGACCAGGCAUGUCAUUCGAAUUGUGCUCAUGGAAUUUGCUAUCGUGAAACAGGCAAAUGUGAAAGUUGCAUUGCUGGUUUCUAUGGUGGGAAAUGUUCCUUCGUUUGUAGUUCUAACUGCAAUACAUCAAAAUGUGAUCGUACGAAUGGGACUUGCUUUGGCUGUACAUCGGGUUGGUACGGCGGUACAUGCAAAAUCAGAUGUGGAGAUAAAUGUGAUCAUCUUAUUUGCUCGCAGGACACGGGCAACUGUGCAAAAUGCAAAGCAGGAUACUAUGGAGCUAAGUGUGAUUCGGCAUGUUCAGGGUGUGCCCCAAACAACGGUCAGUCUAAUUGUGCACAGGCCGACGGUGUAUGUUUGAACAAAUGCAUCACAGGGUUUUACGGCAAUAAGUGCACAAUGGCAUGCGACAACAAGUGCAUGUACAAUAAUUGUGAAAAUACAGCAAGAAACUGUUUAGAUGGCUGCCAAAUUGGAUAUUAUGGACCAGAUUGUCAAUCUGUCUGUAGUGCUGACGAAUGUUUAUCCAACAUUUGUGAUAGAUCUACCGGAAAAUGCCAGUCCGACUGUGUGAAAGGUUUUUAUGGUCAAAAUUGUAAUGAAUCCUGUGUAAACUGUGCCUCCAAUGGUUGUGAUAAAUUCAGUGGAAAAUGUAACGACAAAAAGAGCAUGUUCGUGUCAAGCAAGAAAACCGAGUGUAUUUUUAAGACGAGCAAAGAUGCCCUUGCUAGAUUGUGA